UUAAACAUCAAGAAGAGAAAUCACCUCAGUUAUUUAUAAGCGCAGAAGAAAUUAACAAAUAUAUAGAUUUAAGUACAACUAUGGGAGAUACAACAGAGUUUACAGAUAAAAGCGAUUAUGACUAUGAUGCACUUAAAAUGGAUUAUGAACAACAAUUGAAAAAACAUAAACAUAUAAGCGACAAAUUAGAGUAUACCUAUGCAAAAGACAAAAUGACUAAGAAACCAUUUGAAGGAGUUAUUAUUUCAAAUGAUACAAAAUAUUGUACUAACAAAGAUAUGAAAUAUUUUGGUAUUAAAGCUAUCAAAUGUUUAAUUUAUAAUUAUAAAAAUGUUAAAGACACGAUGGAAGCAAAGGAAACAUUAUCAAAAAUAUGGUUGAUUAUUAAAGUAUGGCUAUGCAUUUAUGUGUUCAUUGCGAUUCCAUGUUGGUGCCAAAGAGGAUGGUGUUGCUGUUGGUUCCGUUGUAAAAUAUGCUUUCCAAGAGAAAGAAUAAUAUUUGUUAAACAAUAUUAUACACAUAAUCCACCAGGUAUUUUAAUACCAAAACAUAAUAAAAAGAAACCUAUUAAAUAUGAACCAUCAGAAUUUGAACAAGACAUAUAUGACAAGUUUGAAACUGCGAUUAAAAAUAUAUAA